AGCAGCAGCAGCAUCAGCGGCGGCAGCAGCAGCAGCAGCGCUUUCUCCAUGUAACCUAAACAAUGACUCCUACUACAGACCGGGGGAAAGCACACCAAUAGAAUGCGCUACACAGCACCGAAACCCUGCAUUUCGUUGCUAUUCCGACCACUCACUUAAAUGUGCCGACCCUAAACAUGUGGAUACCUACAGAACAUGAAAAAUACGGCGUCGUGCUGGUCAGUUUCCGAGGGACUGUCCAGCAUGGCCUCCCGCUGGAAAUCGGAGACACGGUGCAGAUCCUGGAGAAAUGUGAAGGCUGGUUCCGAGGAUUCAUCCUGAAGAAUCCAAAUAUCAAGGGGAUCUUCCCAUCCAGCUACAUCCACUUGAAGAAUGCCCACGUUAAGAAUAAAGGGCAAUUUGAGACAGUCAUCCCUGUUGAAGACUCCGUCAUCACAGAGAUGACAUCGACGUUGCGAGACUGGGGUGCCAUGUGGAAACAACUCUAUGUGAAGAAUGAAGGGGAUUUGUUCCACCGACUUUGGCACGUGAUGAAUGAAAUCCUGGACCUGAGGAGGCAGGUGCUGGUAGGCCAUCUCACCCAUGACCGCAUGAGGGAUGUCAAGCAGCACAUCACAGCCAGAUUGGACUGGGGCAACGAACAACUCUGCCUGGACCUGGUCCCGAGGCGAGAGUUCAGCAUGGUGGACCCUGAUGAAAUCAGCGUCACAGAGCUUUACAGACUGAUGGAACAUCGGCAUCGUAAGAAGGAGACCUCUGCACCCGCAAGCACCCAUCACUUGUUCGUCCACGUGAAGAGUCUAAUGAGCACCAAUCUGGGGGAGGAGCUAGAAGUCUUCUUCCACAUUUAUGAUGGACGGGAGAACCGGCCUCUCAGUGAAAGGUUUUUUGUCAAGCUGAAUAAAAGCGGGUUGCCCAAGUCGCCAGAGAAGACAGAAAGACAGUGCACACUAUUUGUGGAUUUGGGAAGCAGUGAUCUACGAAAAGAUGUUUAUAUCGUUGUGCACAUCAUAAGAAUAGGGAGAAUGGGAGCAGGGGAGAAGAAGAAUCUGUGUAGCGUACAGUACAGGAGGCCGUUUGGCUGUGCUGUCGUCAGCAUCGCUGAUCUUCUCACUGCUGACUCCAAGGAUGACCACCUGCUCAAGGUUUAUGCGUGUAACACAGAGAGUGAGUGGUACCAGAUCCAUGAAAACAUCAUCAAAAAGGCGAAUUCUAGGUACAACCUGUCGGGCUCCAACACCGGUCUGUCAGUAGCUCUCCAGCUCCUCCACGGAGACAUAGAGCAGCUAAGACGAGAGUACAUGGUCCUCUUCACUCGAGGUGUGUCCAUCACCAGGAAACUGGGCUUCUCUGAUGUCAUCAUGCCAGGAGAGAUGAGGAAUGACCUUUACAUCACACUGGAGAAAGGCGAGUUUGAGAAGGGUGGGAAAAGCGUUGCCAGGAACGUAGAAAUCACGGUCUAUGUGCUGGAUAUCGAUGGACAAAUCCUCAAGAGUCACGUGGCUGCCGGCUCUGGUGAACCAGGUGGGGAUGAGUACCACUCCUUGGUGCUGUACCACAACAACAGCCCCCGCUGGGCGGAGCAGAUCAAGCUGCCUAUCCCGGUCGACAUGUUUCGCGGGUCGCACGUCCGGUUUGAGUUCCGACACUGCUCCACUAAAGACAAGGGAGAGAAGAAACUGUUUGGCUACUCCUUUGUUCCUCUGAUGCAGGAGGAUGGCAGGACUCUGCCAGAUGGCACCCAUGAGCUCAUUAUCCAUAAGUGUGAGGAGAAUACCAGCUUGGCAGACUGUUCGCGCUACCUGAAGCAGCCAUUCUCCAAGACCAACCUCCCGUCCAACAACCAGACUCUGAAAGGCACCAAGGAGUCUUUCUGGAUCACCAGCUUUCUCUGCUCCACCAAGCUCACGCAAAAUGGAGAUAUGCUGGACCUGUUGAAGUGGCGAGCCCACCCCGAACGGAUCAACGACAGCCUUUCUAAGCUGAAGGAGAUCGAUGGCUCGGAGAUUGUCAAAUUUCUACAGGACACUCUGGACACUCUCUUUGGUAUUCUGGAUGAAAGCUCUCAGAGAUAUGGGCUCAAGGUGUUUGAUUCACUGGUCCAUAUCAUCAACCUCCUGCAGGACAGCAAAUUCCAGCACUUCAAACCAGUUAUGGACACCUACAUCGAGAGCCACUUUGCCGGAGCCUUGUCCUACAGGGACCUGAUCAAAGUGCUGAAGUGGUAUGUGGACCGCAUUGUUGACGCAGAACAUCAGGAUCACAUACAGCAGGUGCUCAAGGCCAGCGAGUACAUCUUCAAGUACAUUAUCCAGUCCCGCCGGCUCUUCUCAUUGGCCACAGGAGGCCAGAAUGAGGAGGAGUUCCGAGUCUGCAUCCACGAGCUCUUCAUGUCCAUCCGCUUCUUCCUCUCGCAGGAAAACAAAAGCACCAGUCCCGUCGCACAAACACAGGCGGUGUUCCUGCGGACGUUUCCAGCUGUUUAUGGCGAGCUUUUGAAGAUCUUCACCGUGCGUGAGGUGGCCGGCUUUGUCAGAGAGACGCUGGGCACCCUGCCCACCGCUGUCCACGCUGACUGCCUGGAGGCUGUCAAGCUGCAGUGCAUUGCCAAGACGGUGGAAAGCCAGCUUUACAUUAACCCAGAGUCACGGUGCAUCCUGUUGCCGGUGGUGCUCCGUAUCCUCCAGGCACACAUGCAGGAGCAGAGAGACCUGGUCAUGUGCGCCCGCAUCCUCACCAGCAUGCUCUCCCUCAUCAAGAAGGAAGAGAAUGGCACUGCGGAGCCCGUGGUCUCAGAAGAGGUGGAGCUAAUUGUAGAGAGCCUGCUGGGAGUUUUACUGAGAACCAUCCUGGAAAUUAGCAACCGGCCCCAGCCUGCAGGACCUGCCAUGAGACUACAGUUCCAGGAUGUCACUGGGGAGUUUGUGGCUUGUUUGUUGGCCCUUCUGCGACAAAUGAGUGACAGACACUACCAGCAGCUGCUGCAGGCAUUCAGCAGCAAAGACAACCUGAGGGACUUUCUUCUUCAGAUCUUCACGGUCUUCAGGAUCCUCAUUCGACCAGAAAUGUUUCCCAAAGACUGGACCGUCAUGCGGUUGGUCACCAACAAUGUCAUCAUCACAACUGUCCUCUACCUGUCUGACGCUCUGAGGAAAAACUUCCUCAAUGACAAGUUUGACUACAAGGUGUGGGACUCGUACUUCUAUCUGUCUGUAAUAUUUAUCAACCAGCCCUGUCUUCAGCUGGAGUCCUUCUCUCCCUCCAAGAGGAAGAAGAUACUAGAAAAAUAUGGUGACAUGAGGGUGAUGAUGGGCUGUGAGAUCUUCAGCAUGUGGCAGAAUUUAGGAGAACACAAGUUGAACUUCAUCCCAGCGAUGAUUGGUCCAUUCCUGGAAGUGACGCUGGUGCCUCAGCCUGAUCUGAGGAAUGUCAUGAUCCCCAUCUUCCAUGACAUGAUGGACUGGGAGCAGAGACGCAGUGGCAAUUUCAAACAAGUGGAGGCCAAGCUGAUCGACAAGUUGGACAGCCUGAUGUCUGAGGGCAAGGGAGAUGAGACGUACAGGGAGCUCUUCAACAGCAUCCUGCUGAAGAAGAUUGAGAGAGAGACCUGGAGGGAGAGUGGAAUCUCUCUGAUCGCUACCGUCACUCGCUUAAUGGAGAGAUUGCUGGACUAUAGGGACUGUAUGAAGCUAGGAGAAGUGGAUGGAAAAAAGAUUGGAUGUACUGUCAGCUUACUGAACUUCUACAAAACUGAGCUAAACAAAGAGGAGAUGUACAUCCGCUACAUUCACAAACUGUACGACCUGCACUUGAAAGCACAAAACUACACAGAGGCAUCAUACACUCUGCUUCUGUACGAUGAGUUACUGGAAUGGUCAGACAGGCCGCUCAGAGAGUUCCUCAACUACCCCAUGCAGAGCGAGUGGCAAAGAAAAGAGUAUCUGCAUCUCACAAUCGUCCAGAACUUUGACAGAGGGAAGUGUUGGGAAAACGGCAUCAUCCUGUGCAGAGAACUGGCAGACCAAUAUGAGUCUUACUACGACUACAGGAACUUAAGCAAGAUGAGGAUGAUGGAAGCCUCUCUUUAUGACAAGAUAAUGGACCAGCAAAGACUAGAACCUGAAUUCUUCAGAGUGGGUUUCUAUGGAAAGAAGUUUCCUUUCUUCUUAAGGAAUAAGGAGUUUGUGUGCCGCGGCCAUGACUACGAGAGGCUGGAGGCUUUCCAGCAGCGGAUGCUCAACGAGUUCCCCCACGCCAUCGCCAUGCAGCACGUCAACCAGCCAGACCAGACCAUAUACCAGGCAGACGCACAGUACCUGCAGAUCUAUGCUGUUACCCCCAUCCCAGAGAGUCAAGAUGUGCUGCAGAGAGACGGAGUGCCUGACAACAUCAAAAGCUUCUACAAGUUCAAUCACAUCUGGAGGUUCAGAUAUGACCGGCCCUUUCACAAGGGUACCAAAGACAAGGAGAAUGAGUUCAAGAGCCUGUGGGUGGAGAGGACAACGCUGACUCUAGUCCAGAGUCUCCCAGGCAUCUCCCGCUGGUUUGAAGUAGAGAAGAGAGAGCUGGUGGAGGUAAGCCCGCUGGAGAAUGCCAUCGAGGUGAUCGAGAACAAGAACUUACAACUGCGCACAUUGAUCACCCAAUGUCAGAGCCGGCAGAUGCAGAACAUCAACCCCCUCACCAUGUGCCUCAACGGGGUCAUCGACGCCGCUGUCAACGGGGGGCUGGCCCGCUACCAAGAGGCCUUCUUCGCGAAGGACUACAUUAUGAAUCACCCCGAGGAUGGCGAGAAGAUCGGCCGACUGAGAGAACUCAUGUUUGAACAGGCACACAUUCUGGAGUACGGCCUUGCUGUGCACGAGAAGUUUGUUCCCCAGGACAUGAGACCUCUCCAUAAGAAGUUAGUGGACCAGUUUCAUCUGAUGAAAUCCAGUCUUGGCAUACAGGAGUUUCCUGCUUAUGUGCGAGCAAGCCCAGUGCACUUCACCAACGGGAGCCCACGGACAUGCAGGAACUCUGUGCCCAACAUCAUCAGCCCAGACGGUGGCAGAGGGGUUGCCAGGCGGAGUCUCCCCAGCUACCCUGCGGUGAACCGCUACUCCUCGUCCUCUCUGUCGUCUCAGGCCUCCAAUGAAGUCAGCAACAUCACAGGGCAGUCGGAGAGUUCGGAUGAAGUCUUCAACAUGCAGCCCAGUCCGUCUACCUCAAGCCUCAGCUCCAACCAUUCUGCCUCGCCCAAUGUCACCAGCUCAGCCCCCUCCAGUGCCAGAGGUUCACCACAGAUGGCAGAGAAACACAAGCAUUCCAGAGAAAAUGCCUGCCUGUCUCCACGAGAGCGACCGGUCAGCGCCAUCUUCCCCAACCCUCUGGACCCUGCACAGAGAGCUCCUUGUCAUCAGAUAGGCGAUACCACUUUACCAAGGAGUGACCCCAACCUCUCAGCACCAGACAAAGUGAGACCCACACCCAGUAGCUGGAGCCUAGACAGUGUCAAAGAGGGCGCUCCAUCCUUCUCUGACUCUUUUGGCAAAUUGCAAUGCCCUCCUGUACCUCCUAGGCCACCAUACUCAGCAGGCUCCUCAGCUAAAAACAUGAGGUCGCAGUCUCCUGUCACGUCUAGAUCACCACAAAAGACUACAGUGCCACCUUUCACCCCUUCGCCCACCGAGUGCCAGUCCACCAGCCUGGUCUCCAACUCCCCCGUCCUCUCCGGCAGCUACAGCAGUGGCAUCUCCUCCCUCAGUCGCUGCAGCGUGUCGGAAGCUUCUGGCACCGAGCUGCCUGCGGGUGACCACCCGUCCCACCCACUGCCUCCUCCCACCACCUUGCCAAACUCUGUCUCUAGCAGCUCAGACGAGCCGAUCCGCAGAGAGAACAAGACACCUCCCCCCUACAGCGUGUACGAGAGGAACAACCCCCGCAGGCCUGUGCCGCUGCCCCACAGUCUCUCCAUCCCCCCACAGACGGACCCCCCAGCCCUGCCACCCAAGCCUCACCAGCUCCGCACAGGCAGCAUGAAGCUGGACGGAACCUCCGACCCUCGAGUCCCCAGACCAAGGCCACUGCCCAGGAAGGUGUCCCAGCUAUAGGUGCUAGUUCAGGUCCAGGUCUGGAGAAGAAACACACUGGCGUAUUUUGCACUUUUCUACUGGGCACUCAAUUGUUUUUUUGUGAUCGUCAGUUUUAGCAUUCCUGACCUACACUCCAUCAAAAGACACAGGCCUAUAGAUUAACAGGCAGUCAAAAAAAAAAAAAA